UCAUCCAUCCUGAUUCAAGAUGGUGGAUGAGUAAACAUUUGAGGUGCAAGGGAGCUAACUUAGCUCUGCUGUUGUGCUUUCGAGCACCUACCUAACACACAGCAAUGGAGUUGGUGAAGCUUUCCCCACUGCUUCUCUCCUUCUUAAGAAAAGCUUUCUCUGUCCGUGUGUCAGACUAGUGUUACAUGCCCAUGGCUACUGUUUUAUCUGUCUAGUAAAUGAAUUACACCAUAAGCCAGAAAUAAAUGGUCAACCUUGGCUGGAACUUUGUAUGCCUAAGUUAGCAAUUAUUGUGCACACUUAUGGGAGAGUCACAGUGAAGUUUGCAAGACUGUAUUUCUGGGUAAACAGGCAUAGGCUCAAGCCAUGUUUGUAAAAUUACACACACAUUAUAUCAUAUGACCUAUGGCCACAGGAGUCUUUUUGAGGCACCUGAGCGUGUUUCCAGAAAUUAAACACACAUUCAAACAAGCAGAGAUGGAGCCAGCCAUAUCAUCAACAGCUUUCCAAAGCAGCUCCACCCUCUCUCUAUAAAGGCCCAGAUUGUGGCUUAGCAGGUGUAGCUGGCUUACUGGGAGUGGUGUGUUUGGAUCAGUUAUGGCGUGGACACUGGAGAAGCAGAAGGGGAGCUCUCUGAGUAGCAGCAGCUGGGACACUCAAGGCUGGAGGAGGAGGUUCCAGCGCCCACUCACAAGCUCACCUGAGCGGCCAGUGGCAGCGUGGGGCAUGGCCGCAGUGUGGCAGCAGGUGUUGGCUGUAGAUGCACGGUACAACGCAUACCGCACCCCAAACUUCCCACAAUUCCGCACGCAGUAUAUCCGCCGGCGCAGCCAGCUGCUGCGGGACAACGCCAAAGCCGGCUACGACCCCUCGCUUCGUAAGCAGUAUCUGCGGCUGCGCAGCCAGCUCCUGGCCCAGCGCUACGGCCCCCUCUCAGAACAGAGCAGCUUUCGCGCCUACAGCAACAGCAUUGUCCGAAGCAGUCGCACCACGCUCGACCGUAUGGAGGAUUUUGAUGACGACCCAAGAGCAUUGGGUGCCCGUGGCCACCGCCGCUCUGUCAGCCGAGGGUCCUACCAGCUGCAGGCUCAAAUGAAUCGAGCCGUCUACGAUGAGAGGCCCCCAGGCAGCGUUGUGCCCACUUCGGUGGCAGAAGCCAGCCGUGCCAUGGCCGGGGAUACUACAUUAAGUGAGAACUAUGCCUUUGCUGGCAUGUACCAUAUAUUUGACCAGCAUGUGGAUGAGGCUGUGCCCAAGGUUCAGUUUGCCAAUGAUGACAAACACCUACUAGCUUGCUGCUCUCUGGAUGGCACCAUCUCCGUGUGUCAGUUAGUACCCACCCCUCCUGUGGUGCUGCGGGUGCUGAAAGGGCACAGUCGCGGGGUCUCUGACUUUGCCUGGUCCCUCUCCAAUGACAUCAUUGUUUCCACAUCACUUGAUGCCACUAUGCGCAUCUGGGCUACAGAAGAUGGCAAGUGUAUUCGGGAGAUACCAGAUCCAGAUGUCUCUGAGCUGCUCUGCUGCACCUUCCAGCCCAUGAACAACAAUCUCACAGUGGUGGGGAACGGAAAGCACAACCUCCAUGUAGUGAACAUCUCAACAGGGAAAAAAGUGAAAGGUGGCUCAAGCAAGUUAACAGGCAGAGUGCUGUCUCUCUCCUUUGAUUCGCCUGGCCGUAUCCUCUGGGCAGGAGAUGACAAAGGCAGCAUCUUUUCUUUCAUCUUUGACAUGGCAACAGGAAAACUGACCAAGGCCAAGCGACUGGUGGUUAAUGAGGGCAGCUCAAUCACCAGCAUUUCUGCUCGCUCCUGGAUCAGCCGAGAAGCACGUGACCCUUCUCUCCUCAUCAAUGCAUGUAUCAACAAGCUGCUGCUGUAUCGGGUAGUGGACAAUGAAGGGACACUCCAGCUUAAGAGAAGCUUCCAGAUACAGCAAAACUCUCAUCCUGUCCGGAGCAUCUUCUGCCCCCUUAUGUCCUUCCGCCAAGGAGCUUGUGUUGUGACUGGCAGUGAGGAUAUGUGCGUCUAUUUCUUUGAUGUGGAACGUGCCACCAAGGCUAUCGUUAACAAACUACAGGGUCACAGUGCUGCUGUGUUGGAUGUCAGCUUUAACUGUGAUGAGAGUCUGUUGGCUUCCAGUGAUGCCAAAGGCAUGGUCAUAGUCUGGAAGAGAGAACAGAAGUAGCAUUCCUUUCUCUGACAAGUGGAAAGAAGUACACUAACUCCACAGGAGGCAGCUUAGGUGGAGAAGAGCCCUGAAAGGAGCCGGAAAGGGCUUGGUUUCUCUCCCUUACUGGUAGCUUUUCAUCUUCUGCUAGGAAAAUACUGAGCAUACCUCUACAGCAACCCAGCAGCCAUUGUUUCCCUGCUUUACAGUUAGUGGGACUCUAUGCAGCAAAGUAUUCAAGAAGGUUAUCCUAUGAGCAAUUCUACUUUUUCCUGUUUUACACCUGAGGCUUAUGCUGUUCAAUGUCAAGAUUGUCUCCUAUUGAUGGCAACUGCAGCUGAUAGCACUAUCUGCUGAAAAGGGUGGUAGUGAACGAUGCUACAGGGCCUCUGGCUGAUUGUUCAUUGGCAGAAGAAGACUUGAGACGACUGGGUUCUUUUUUGGGAGGAUGGGGCUCAGAAGCAUAGAGUCCAAUGGUUAUAGCUCUAUUUAAUAGUCGCCUGCUCUUCAGUGACAUGAAACUGAUUUGCUGUUUCAGCAAUGAACAGUAUUGCUGCUUGUUCUCUUCUGGAAACACUAAUGCCAGUAAUACUUUAUACAGCACUGGUUGAAAUACUAUGUUCAGUAUUCCGUCACACCAAGGACACAGAACUCCAGAAACCAACACCACCACCUUUGCCUCUAGAUUGCUGAACCGAGCCAUCUACUUUGAAGGAUCAGCCUGCAAUUUUGAUCUACAUGUGGGAUAUAUGCACUUCUGCUGCUUGGACUCUGUGCACACCUCCACUACGACAAUUCUAAUUGCUCAUCUCCAGAUUGGUUUCUGGCAUGCUUGUCAAGAGCAACUGCUAAUGGCUGAAUGUCUUUCUGUUACAGAUAGUGUGGAGUGGAGGUGCACCUGCUUCCAAAUCAAUAGUAACUACCUAGAACACUAGUAGUAGCCUUUUGUGGAAUUUACACAAGCUCUGGCUUGAAAAUUCUUGACAGCUGUAUGCUUGUACCCUAGUUCUACCAGAAGAUGAAGCAGAGUCUGCUAAACUGAACUUGGCAGCUACUGAAGAGGCAAAAGUCACCCACCUUCUCUUCCAUAGCAUGUGUGACAUUGUAAUGGCAGGGGCGGGGAGGGGGGGGCCUUGCAGGCAGCUAGUUAUAUUGAAACUUUUGUAUUGUUUGCUUUUUGGGUGUGUGUGUGUCUGCGAGAGAGAUUUUAGAAGUUAUUUUUUAAGUUAACUAAGCAGCGCUGGAAAAGGUGACAGUGCUUGCCCAAGUAAGUUUUUCAGGCAAGUGCUGAUAAGGGGAAGCUUCAAAGUUUAGUCACAUAGGUUACCUUAUGAAGAAGCAUGUGCCUAGCUGAGGGGACCAUAUCCAAGAAGUACAAGCUACCUACAUUUUUACAUCAAGCCGACUGCAUGGCUUAUGCAGUGUUAAGAUCUGAGAGGACUGGAAGAAUGUAUACUAAUGGCAACUGAUUUAUAAUGCAGUCAUAGCUGCUCUAAGAAAAUAAUAUUUACAUAUGUACAGGAUGAAGAACUGGAAUUAAUCCAUAAAGGGACAAAGUUAAAAAGGUAGAAUAGAAAUCACAAACUUCCUAUGAGCAUACAUAUGUUUGAGAAGGUAACAUAUUUGAUGAUGUUUUAACCGAUAGUAUAGCUGCAAUCCUAGUAAACUCUUAACUGCAAAUUCUUAGGCUUAAUUUAGAAAUAAACUGAUGAUGUGA